CAGCAUGAUAGAUAGUGUUGAUUUUUUUCAAAACGCGUGGAGGUAACACAACGAAGGGAAAUCACUGCUUUCAAAAAGAAAAGAUUACCCUUUUCUCUCUCACUUUCCUCACUUGGCAAAGCCCACGCAUCUACGAUUUUUCGUUUGGGUUUGUAUCGUAUAGUAUUUUGCUUGUGUUGAUGGGCGAGUUAGAUGCUUCAUCAGUUGCAGCUUCCUUCUGUCUUGUCUCACUUCCUGUCCCCUCCUCUUGUCUGUUUUCUGAUCUACCCAUUUUCCUCUCCAAUCCCUAAAUCUCCUCCUCCUCAGCCUCUUUGAUCCUCUUUCUCACCCACCGGAUCUGAAAGAUUCUGCCUAUCACUGCAAAAACGCCUUCUGCUUAGCAGAAUCGAGCUUAGUCGAGAAACCCAGAAGCGAAAUUUCGGUUUUUUGCCUUCUGGGUAUUUAGGGUUUUCAGGGGGUUUCUUGUGUUUGGCACGUAGACGAAGAAGAAGAAUGGCGGGUUCGGGCGGGAGUUGGAGAGACGCGUACAAGGGAAUGUCGUCGGAUAAUAUAAAAGGGUUAGUGUUGGCUCUUUCUUCGAGCUUGUUCAUCGGCGCGAGUUUCAUCGUGAAGAAGAAAGGUUUGAAGAAAGCCGGCGCUUCUGGUCUCAGAGCAGGUUCUGGAGGUUAUUCUUACCUGAUGGAGCCUCUCUGGUGGAUAGGCAUGAUAACGAUGAUUUUCGGGGAAAUUGCAAAUUUCGCCGCAUAUGCCUUUGCACCUGCCAUUCUGGUUACGCCUCUCGGUGCACUCAGCAUUAUUAUCAGUGCUGCUCUCGCUCAUAUCAUCCUCCGGGAAAAACUGCACACUUUCGGGAUCCUCGGUUGCGUUUUAUGCGUCGUUGGUUCAAUAACAAUCGUGCUACAUGCUCCUCAAGAACGGGAAAUCGAUUCCGUGAUUGAAGUAUGGAAUCUCGCUACAGAACCAGCUUUUCUUUUCUACGCGGCUUUGGUGGUAGGAGCAGCCAUUGUACUCGUGGUUCAGUUUAUCCCGCAGUACGGGCAGACACACGUCAUGGUCUAUAUCGGGGUUUGUUCUCUCGUGGGAUCAUUGUCGGUGAUGAGUGUCAAGGCGCUCGGGAUAGCGUUGAAGCUGACUUUUUCGGGAACAAAUCAGUUAGUUUACCCUCAGACAUGGGUCUUCACAUUGAUUGUUCUCACAUGUGUGAUAACACAGAUGAAUUAUCUAAACAAGGCUCUCGACACGUUCAAUACGGCGGUUGUUUCGCCCAUAUACUACGUUAUGUUCACUACACUGACGAUCUUGGCCAGCAUCAUCAUGUUUAAGGACUGGGAUCGGCAGACCGGAACUCAGAUCGUAACUGAGAUGUGCGGGUUCGUGACAAUCCUCUCGGGGACGUUUCUUCUUCACAAAACCAAAGACAUGGUUGAUGGGUCUAAUGCAGGUUCAUCGUCGGGAUCUCUGCUUCUACGUCUUCCGAAACACUCGGAAGAAAGCAACGGGUUCGAGCAAGAAGGCAUUCCCCUGAGACGCCAAGGAUCCGCGAAGUCGCCACGUCCGUUGCGCCACCCGAAGCAUACGCCAGAAGAGGAAGGGUUCGACCCCGAAGCCGUCGUCCCUCUCCGCCGCCAAGAGACUUGUCGUUCCUCGUGACGUUGGAUAAAAACGAAAGAGGAUAUAUAUACACCUAGAUGAUUCUUUUUCUUCUCUGGCUGUGUUGGUUUUUGCACUGAAGGGUUUUGUUCUUCAGGUAUGUAAUUGUUCACGAAAUACUGUUAUACACACUGUACCCUUCCCUUCUCUUCUUCACCCUCUGCGUAUACAAAGAAGCUGAGCUCUUCGGCUUUCAGGUU